AUGGGCAGCUCGGUAGACUCCCAGACCCCCACCGCCGUCGACGACAGGCCCGACGCGCGCGCCCACCCUCGCUGCCGCUCGCCGUCCCAGUCCUCCGUCUGCAAAACAAGCAACCGCGACGACGGCACCGGCGUCGUCGACCUCGAAAAGGCCCACGCCCAUGCCCAACCUCGCCAGACGCCUCCUCCGCCAGCGGCCGCGGCUGACUUCCCCGACGGCGGCCUCGAAGCUUGGCUCGUCGUGCUGGGCGGCUGGUGCGCCCUGUUCUGCACCUUUGGCCUCGUCAACUGCACCGGCGUCUUUGUCGAGUACUACGUCUCGGUGCCCCUGAAGCAGUACAACAGCUCGACGGUGAGCUGGAUCACCUCUUGCCAGGCCUUUAUGAUGAUCUUUUGCGGCACAAUCUUUGGGAGAAUCUACGACAACUACGGCCCCCGGUGGCUCCUCUGGGGCGGCAUGUUCUCCUACGUCUUCGGCCUGAUGAUGGUGUCCCUGUGCAACGAGUACUACCAGUUCUUCCUGGCGCAGGCCGUCGUCGCCGCCAUUGGGUCCAGCGCCGUCUUCAACGCCUGCAUGUCGUCCCUCGUGUCCUGGUUCCUCAAGCGCCGCGCCUUUGCCUUCGGCACCAUGGUGUCCGGGUCUUCUCUCGGCGGCGUCGUCCUGCCCAUCAUGAUGACCCAUCUCAUCAGGAGCAUCGGCUUCCCCUGGAUGAUGCGCGUCAUGGCCUUCAUGUUCCUCGCCUUGAUGUCCGUUGCCUGCCUCACCGUCAAGUCGAGACUGCCUCCUCGCCCUCGGCCCUUCCAACUCUCAGAGUAUCUGGAUGCCUUGAAGGAUGCCCGCAUGUCCGUCACCGUUGUUGCUCUGUUCUUCUUCAUGUGGGGCAUGUUUUUGCCCUUCAACUACGCUCUGUUGCAGGCGCGAGCUGCCGGGACGUCACCGACCUUGAUUCCUUAUCUUCUUCCCAUUCUGAAUGCCGUCAGCAUCUUUGGUCGUAUCAUCCCCGGCAUCGUCGCCGACAAAAUCGGCCGCUACAACGUCAUGAUCGGCAUCACUUUUCUGUCCGCCGUCUUCUGCCUGGCAGUGUGGACCCCCGUCGACAACACGGCUGGCAUCAUCGUCUUCAUGAUCAUCUUUGGCUUCUCGUCCGGGGCCUUCAUCUCGCUCGGCCCGACGCUCAUUGCUCAGAUUUCCGACAUCAGCCAGGUUGGCACUCGCGUCGGCACCGCCUUCGCUAUCAUGUCCUUCGGUGCAUUGACGGGAAGCCCAAUCGGAGGCGCCAUUGUGUCCGCCCAGGGAGGCAGCUACUUGGGCUUGCAGCUGUUUUGCGGCUUCACCAUGUUGAUCGGCGCCUGUUUCUUUGUCGCAGCGAGGUUUAUCCUCGUCGGGCCCAAGUUGGUCAAGGUCUAA